AUGGCGAACCAGGUGUCCCUCUUAACUUACCUACAAAAUGCUUUACCAGCGAUUCCAGUCAAUCCGCCUCCAAACCCUGGGCGCAACACCACCAAUGAGGCAUCCGAAGCUAGCGACAUCCGCAAUAUAGGGGUUUGGCAUGGCUUCAACUUGAACGCACUUCUUCAAAGUUACCAGAAUCUCUUGGUUAAAGCACGGCUCCCACCAGACCCCAUGCCGACAUCCCCACCCGGUGCUAUAACAGCAGAAAAUGCUCUUAGAAGCAUGAUCUCAGAAUAUGUCUUUCCAAGAGUGCGACGGGCUCUUCGAACUGGGUUUGACCGGUUGAUGACAAUCAACCAAAUGAACAACCUCACUCCCGUGUCAUUUGAUGUUGGAGAGCGCGCCAAAGUCAUCGAUGCUUCCAAGCCAGACACCGCUUAUUUUGCGGUCGCACUGCCAGCAGGCACAGGUCCAAAUCGCGCUCCAGGAGAUGUCAAGCCAUCGUGGAAAUGGAGCACAGCCCUUGCAACCCACCCACUCCUCUGA